AUGUGGAUGAAAUCUAUUGGUGUUAGCAUGAAGAAUGAAGACGAGAAAUCUGUUUCAUCUGAAGAAGAGAUUCAGAAUGACGAUGAAAAGUCUGUUUCAUCAGAAGAAAUUGCACAGAAUGAAGAUGAUAAAUCUGUUUCAUUAGAAGAAUGUUCACAGAGUUCAAAUGAAAGUAAAACUGAUAAGGAAGCAAGAAAGGAGGAAGCCCCAAGGGCUAAGGGGAGGAUGUUUCAGAUCACGACUGAAGAGGCAAAGGACCUCCCGAAUGUUGUAUCAGGUAUAUUCUCAUUGAACUUGAUGCCUACGUAUGUGUUAUUUGAUACUGGAGCCAGUAGAUCGUUUGUAUCAAGCGAAUUAGUGUCACACCCCUCUUUUAGAAUCGAAAGAAUGCAUGUGCCAUUAGAAGUAGAGAUAGCCGAUAGUAAGAGUUAUUUGUUGCACGAAGUUUGUAGAAAUUGCGAAAUUAUCAUUGAAGACGAGACAUUUGCUAUCGACCUUAUUCCCAUGGUAUUGGGGGAAUUUAAGGUUAUAGUUGGCAUGGAUUGGCUAGCUAAACAUCAUGCCGAAAUUCAAUGUGAGAAGAAGGUGAUCCAUGUGCUCACUCCGAGAGGAAAACGAGUAAGCAUACAAGGGGAAAGGAAUAUAGAUUCAAAGCUUUGUUCUAUAGUUCAAGCAUACAAGUAUGUACGAAAUGGAAGCAAGGCAUUCCUAGCCUACGUGGUGGAUACUAAGCAGAAUACCCCUAAGAUAGAAGAGAUUGAAGUAGUGAACGAGUUUCUUGAUGUCUUUUCGGAAGAUUUGCCGGGGCUUCCACCAGAACGCAAAGUGGAUUUUAAGAUUGAAUUGUAUCCCGAUGCCAAACCCGUAGCCAAGGCUCCUUAUAGGUUGGCCCCAACUGAAAUGCGGGAGUUAAUGUUUAAGUUGGGAAUAACAAGUACUUGGUACGCGAUAUAA